GAUCCAAAUGUGUACAUAUCGCACUACCUGAUUUAGGAAGCAUUGGCCUAACUACCCGUCAACCAUGGCCAAUGCCUUUUAAAAAGCGAUUGAUCUCUUUUGUAUGUAGCCAGAUUUUUCAGCAAUGUCUACUGAAGAUACACUCAUGUCACCGCUUGGAUAUUUCUUCGUUGUUAUAGCUUGUAACCAUAGGCUUGGAAAAGAUGCAGUUUUUCCCUGCGGAUAUGGCGCUAGUACGGAUUUAGAUGUAGAAAAGCGACAGUUGUUAUUAAUUUACAAAUGUGAUAAAAGAAGAAAAAAAAAGUGUUCUGAGAGUGAUUUUAAAGGAGAUACAAAUCCAGUAGUAUACCAUGAACGAGUAAAUAAUAUAGUGCUUUUAGAUCUUAAAUUGUGUAAUUAUCAGCAGGCUCCAGAUAAUAUAUGGUGUCAAUAUUGGUUUAUGGGCAGUUUCUUGGUAUCCUUUCCCGAUCUUGACGCUGUCAUUGAUUUACCUGUCAUACCACCUUUGAAAGCGGGAUUGGAACUAAAUGGGCAAACACUUACUAUAAAUCCGUCCAAAUGGACGUAUCAGGCGAAAAAUAUAGCCUUGGUGUUUCUGUGUCUAUCUCUGUGUCUACCUCUGUGGCCAUCUCUGAGUCCAUCUCUCCAUCUUUAUGCACUUCACAUUUUUUGA